AUGCGCAACGGCGGUGCGCCGUGGGCGGCGCUGAGAUCAACCAACUCCAGGCUAGGUGGCCUCGCCGGCACAGUAGCCAUCGGCGGCUCCCUCGAGACGAGAAGAGCAAUCUCCCUCUGGGACAAGUCUGAACCCCAGCCGGCACCAUCAGCACCGUCACCAGUUGCACCUACUGCACCAGCUGCACCUGUUGCGCCCUCAGGAUCCGUCGACGCAGCCUCAGCAUCCGCUUCAUCCAUCCCUCCUUCCGCACCGGCCGCUCCUGUCGCACCCAUCGUCCCCGAGGCCGCCGCCCCCUCGACCUCUUCCCUCCCCGAGCUCGACGCCGCCUCCCUCCUCGACCUCCCCGAACAAAUCGGCUUUCUCAAGACCCUCGGCCUCGAUUUCGGCUGGGGUCCCUCGAGCGUGAUGCAAUGGGCCCUCGAACACGUCCACGUCCUCUCCGGCAUGCCGUGGUGGGGCUCCAUCGCCGCGACGGCUAUCCUCCUCCGUCUCGUCAUGUUCAAGCCGCUCCUCAAGUCCCAAGACACCUCGGCGAGGAUGCAGAAGCUCCACCAGGAUCCGGCCUACGACGAGACCCGCAAGGCGAUGCAGGAGGCCAUGGCGAGCGGUAACUCGGCCGCCAUGACUGAGGCCCGUCGCGACAUGUCAAUGCUGAACAAGCGCGCCGGCGUGAACCCCCUCAACGCCUUCUGGGGUCUCCUCCAGAUUCCCUUUGGAUAUGGCAUGUUCCGCGUCCUCAACGGCGCUGCCAGCAUCCCCGUCCCUGGCAUGGAGACUGGUGGUUUCCUCUGGAUCACGGACUUGACCGUCUCUGACCCUUACUUCCUCCUGCCCAUUGCCGGUCCUAUGGCCAUGUUUGCCAUGGUCAAGCUCGGCUCCAAGUACUCCACGCCUCAAGCCAAGGCCCAGCAGAAGCUGAUGAUGUACAUCCUCGGACCCCUCUCCGUAAUCUUCACCUCGUACCUCCCCGCCGGCGUCCAGUUCUACUUCUUCAUCACCGGUCUCAUCGGUGUCGCCCAGAACUGGCUCUUCUCCAAGGCCGCCUUCCGCUCCCUCUUCAACCUCACACCCAUCGCCACUCCGGCCCCUACCAUUGGUACCACAGCCACCGCGACCAGAAUCGCUUCCGGUCCCACACGCCUGAACUACCAGGCCCCGCGCUCAACUCCUGCAGCCGCAGCCCCAGCGGCUGACGCCGGCAGCAUCAAGGGCAUUGUCGACAACCUGAAGCAGACCGUUCACAACGCAAAGGGCGGUGCCGGAAACCACCUCGAGGCCGGCCGCAAGCGCGAGGCGGAGAAGGCUGCCAAGAAGUACGCCGAGCAGAGGGGCGAGCAGGAGAGGCAGAAGUUCUGGAGCGAGACGCGGAAGAAGUAG